AGUCUGAGAAGCAGGAAGUUCCUCCCACUGUCACACACAGACGACUGUGAGAGAAAACGAGACUGAAUCCUAUCAGUGUUCGUGGUAAAAUGGCAGAAGCCAGAGUUGCAGUGGAUGUAAAUGAGUUAAGUUGUGCAAUCUGUCUAGAUCUACUAAAGGAUCCAGUGGCUAUUCCCUGUGGACAUAGUUACUGUAUGAGCUGCAUUAAGAGCUGCUGGGAUCAGGAAGAUCAUGCUGGAGUUUACAGCUGCCCCCAGUGCAGACAGACCUUCAUACCCAGACCUGUUCUGGGCAGAAACACCAUGCUGGCUGAAGUGGUGGAGAAACUGAAGAAGACUGGACUACAAGCAGCUGCUCCUGCUGACCAGUAUGCUGGACCUGGAGAUGUGGAGUGUGACGUCUGUACUGGGAGAAAACACAAAGCUGUCAAGUCCUGCCUGGUGUGUCUGGCCUCUUACUAUGAAACUGACCUGCAGCUUCACAACAAACUCCACCAUGCAAAACAGCACAAGCUCAUUGAUGCCAUCGGCCAUCUGAAGGACAAGGUCUGUUCCCACCAUGACAAACCGCUGGAGGUCUACUGCCGUACCGACCAGCAGUGUAUCUGUUAUCUCUGUACGAUGGAUGAACACAGAGGCCAUGAUACAGUCUCAGCUGCUACAGGAAGGGCGGAGAUACAGAAACAAAUGGGUGAAAUACAGAGGGAAUUUCAGCAGAGAAUUCAGAUGAGAGAGAAGGAGCUGCAGGAGCUGAGAGAGGCUGUGGCCUCAAUCACUAGCUCAGCACAGUCAGCAGUGGAGGACAGCGAGAGGAUCUUCACUGAGAUGAUCCGCUCCAUUGAGAGAAGACGCUCUGAGGUGACAAAGCUGAUCAGAGAUCAGGAGAAGGCUGCAGUGAGUCAGGCUGAAGGAGACAUGGACAGACUGAAGCAGGAGAUCGAUGAACUGAAGAGGAGACACUCUGAGCUGGAGCAGCUUUCACACACAGAAGAUCACAUCCAUUUCCUCCAGAGGCGCCAGGCUCUUCCUGUCACUCCUGAAGCUGGAUUUGGACCCAGAAUCUCUGUCAGUCCCAGAUCUGAUUUUGGGAAUUUGAGGAAGGCGGUUUCUGAACUGAAAGAUCAACUGGAGAAUUUUUGCAGAAUGAAAAUGGCAGAGAUCCAUAAAGACACCGUCCUACCAGUAUUAGUGCCCAGGACCAGAGCAGAAUUCUUACACUACUCCUGCCAGCUGACGCUGGACCCCAACACAGCAAACAGACGCCUGUCUCUGUCAGGGGGGAACAGGAAGGUGACACAUGAGUGGGGGGCAGAGCAGCCAUAUCCUGAUCAUCCAGAGAGAUUUAACAGCUGGAGCCAAGUUCUGUGCAGAGAGAGUCUGACUGGCCGCUGUUACUGGGAGGCUGAGUGGGAUGGAGAUGGAGCCCUGAUAGGAGUGACUUAUAAAGGGAUCAGGAGGAAAGGAGUGAGGGACUAUGGGCUUGGAGCCAAUAACAAGUCAUGGAUGCUUAUCUGCUCUCCUCACAGACACUCUGUCUGUCACAAUAAUAAAGAGACUCUCAUACCCAUAAAGCCCUCAGGCUCCCGCAGAGUAGGAGUGUAUCUGGACUGGGGGGCUGGUGCUCUGUCCUUCUACAGAGUCUCCUCUGAUGGACUGACCCCCCUGCACAGAUUCACCUCCUCAUUCACUGAGUCCCUCAAUCCAGGGUUUGGGGUUUAUCCAAACCCCCCCGUGUCGCUGUGCAUGCUGGGAUAGCUCACUGUGUGCUGGAGGAAUCAUUUUUACCGUAUCAGUCUCACAUGUCGCUGCUUCUCCACGGCAAAAAGGUAAAAUCUCUGCUUUAUAACCAGUAUAACCCUUUUUACUCUGUCUGAAGUGUGACGUAUGUUAAUAAUUGGGUUCUGUAAGCUGAACAAACAUACAAAAUGACUGUUUUUCUCUGACUUAUGUUCUAUGUUGUCUGUAAAUGCACCAAAACUGCCUAAACAAAUUUAUAGUACAUGCAGUUGUACCAAUGGAGUGAAUUCUGAUUCUGAAUAAAAUAAAAUGUAAUGAAAUCUAAGCCUGAUGAGUGGGGGGAGCUUUUCCCCUCCCCUCUAUAUGUAUAUUUUAUAUUUCUGUCUAUAUAUUGUAUUUGCUACCUGUACACUGACAAUAAAGGCUUCCUAUUCUAUCCCAUUAAUGUCCCGGUUCCGCGCUGCCCAGAACGUAACUGAGUAACAGACUUAAUCCGCGCUCUCUGCUCACUGAGCGCAGCAGCCUGAUAUCGCAGCGGCGACGCUUUGGCCAGCAGGGGGCGGCAGA